CUUAGGCCCAAAAUGCACUACCGGACUUCUAUGAUUGAGCGGCAAUGUCCUUGACUAAGAAUCUGGAUUGGUCUCAUCAGUCUUUCCGUAGGAAGACCGUCCCUUGUUCUGUGUUCCAUUUUCAUUCUUACUCUUAUUCUGGUACAUUUUAUGUAAGUUACCUCCGACAAUACUUACCGGGACUAGAAUCACGAUGCAAGAUCAUGGCGCAACUAUAAAGUAGUGUCACCACCAGGUGCCGUUCCCUACUAAAUAUGACCCAUUCUAUAGACAUUCCACAGAUCUCACCGGACGAACUUCGAGGCUUUGAACUAUGCCGGACAAUAUUCCCCUUUGAUCCUCGAAAAAUCGACGAGCGAUACAAGUGGUGGCAGGUUCUUCCCCCUCUUGAAAAGACCCGCUUUUGCUUCAUAGCCCAGCUGAGAGAUGGAAAACUGCCUGUAGCAGAGGAGGACAAGGUUAGAGUGGCCGCCGUGCAAAACGCACUACGUGCCGAUAUCGCAAAUUGGCUCCAAAUGUCACCUGCUAACCGGUGGGAUGCGUGGUGGGAGACGAUGCAGGAAGUUUUACCUAGUAAGAAGCUGAAGGGAUCUCUUCCGAAGUCCUUGGUCAAGAACCACACCACGAGCUUUGGCUAUUUUCUUCGCCAAAUCUUCCCCCUCCAUAAUGAUGCUGAACCAGACGAGCUUGAUGGCAAUCAAGCAGCUUGGCAUUCUCCAUAAAUCUUCAGUGAGAGAAAGUUUAGCAUUCAGGCGAAAUGUGCAAGUAAACGUCCCAUGAAUGGAAGUUAUAGAACAAUAGCAGUAUUUGAAAC